AUGGACACUCAAUUUGAGGAUUUAAUAGAACAAGUCAUUAAGACGAAGUCCCUUCACGAAAUCAAGUCGAUAUGUCACGGAACACUUCCAGACAAAUUCAGAAGUGAUAUAUAUCAAACAAUUUUAGCUCCAAAAGUGUUAGUGAAACAAAUUGUAAGUGCUGAACACAACGAAGUUAUUGAUACAAUGGUUGCGGUAAACAAAACAAUUGUGUGGGCUGUUGUUGAUACUAUUAUAGCAAGGUAUACUAUAUCGCCAACUAAAACGCAUAUUGCUGCUAUUUAUAGAGUUGCUGCCUACUUAUAUUCACUUAACCCUUUCGAGAUAGAGUCUGACAAGAUUGAGGAAAAGGAUCUCAAACCUCAAUCUGAAAAUCACAACGAUGUUGACAAAGCAAACACUUCACUUGAAAAUAGCGCUUCAUCGACAGUAAAAGACAGCAAUGAAAAGGUAGAAAGUCAAGAAGAGAAGACAGACGAGAAUGUUAAAGAGAAAAAAGAGGAAAAGUCCGCAGAAGUGAACGCUUCUAAAGAGACGUUGGCACUUGAUUUAAAACACAACAAACACAUUCUUAGUCUUACAAAUACUACCAUCGCAUUUUUCGAUCAUUUUCAUAAAUACUUAUUAUCCCGAUAUCCUUCAUGUAUUACAGGCAUUAACAAUAUCUUCUCUUUAUUAUUACUCUUUCACUGCCCUUCAUUAUCUCUUAAAGUGCAAUCGAAAAGAAUCAGUCUUGAUUUCAUCAUGAAUGAGUACUUUUUGGAUCUCUUAUGCACUCUUCCAGACACGCCUCAAACACUCUUCUCUCUUUGGGACUUUCUUUUCUUAAAUGAAGACCCUUCGACGUUUUUCUUCGUGUUGCUUGCAAUUGUGUAUCUGCGACAACACGACUUCGGUGAUUCAAUGGAGUCCUUCAGUCCAAUUCUUGCAACGAAAAUUACUCUUACUGAGGUGCCUAAAAUCAUUGGCACAGCAAAUUAUCUCCGAACAAAAACACCGUUGACGGUGUUCAGAUACAUCACCGGAUGUGUGACGUAUUCGUACAAUUUCCAAAAGUACUACGCAAGAACUCUGAAAAACUCAAUUUGCGUGGUGGUCAAUGCCGUUGACGUGGCAAAAGAUAUUACAACACGCCACAUCACCCCUCUGUUCAUCGAUUGUAGAAAUCAGGAAGAUUUUGACCGGUGCAGCGUGACGGGUGCGGUCCGUGUUGAACUGCCAAUCACGGGAGAACAUUUGGAGGAACUCGAAAAGGAAUUUUCUAAUAAAAAUCGAGUUGUUUUCGUCUUUGGGUCGAACGCUGCGGGGCACUUCGGGAAUACAGAAGAGGUCAAAAGCGCGGUUAUAACACUUUGUAAGAAAGGAGUUUCAAAGAUUUGUGUUGUGGAGGGAGGAUUUGAAGAACUUCAUGCCGCGGCCAUGAAAAAAAUGAUUACUUUGGAUAGACACAAAAUCCCGAAUUGUUACGUCUGCAACCCGCAAGUUAAGAAUAUGGAAAAAAUCAUGUCGACUGUUGAAGAAAAAACAAAAAAAGCGAAAGAAACCGUCACCGAAACGUCAGCAAAUUGGUGGAAUUACAUUAGUCAAAAAGUCGAUGAGGGAAUUAAAAAGUACGAAGAAACUUCGGCGAAAAACAUGGAAGAAGCGCUCAAAGAGAAAAAUGAACGAGAACAAAGAAACGCGGAGAUUGAGAAGAAACGAAUGGCGGAUGGUGAGAAGAAAAACAUUGCAGUUAAAACUGAACCAAAAAGCCCCCAAAAAAGUGAGAAAAAAAUGACGACAAAAGUACUCAAGGCGCAAAAGAGUGAUGAGAAAUCUCCUGAAAAGUCGGACGGAAAGAGCGAAGAGAAAAGCGAAGAAAAAGAGAGGAAAAAAAUGGAGUUAUUCGAAAUUGUUGAAGAGGAUGACGAAAAAGAUAAAGAAGGCGACUCGGCUUAUUUCAACGACUUGAUCAAAGAAAACCCGACCUUUGUUGGUAAACUCGUCAUGGGAGAGGAAGAGAAGGAAGUCACAAUGGUUCUCACAACGAUCGAGAUGCUUAUCCUUGAAAAGAACGAGUCAGAAGUGUUCAUGUUGGAUGAAGUUAUGUAUGAAGACAUCAAAAAGGUCAUUACGAAGAGAUCCGCACCAGAGAAUAUCACUAUAAAGACAGAAGACAAGGAAUUUGUUUUCCGAGUCGAAAACAAUCCACAACAAUUCACCAAAGAACUUGCUCAGAAAGUGAAAAAGUGA